CUCAAUUAUAUACUGUACCAGAAUUCGAUUAGACUUGAUUGAGCUCAAACCCAAUUCAAUAUGUAUAAUUUUGAUUGGUCUUGAGUUACAAGUUAGAACCCAAUUUAGACUCCACCUUUCGACUUGACAUUCACUAUUACUCUAGUAUUUACUAUUAAUGGCAAGACUGGUAGCACAUUUUUGAAUCACACGACUAACCCAAAUAGUCUACCCAUUGCAAUAUUGUUUUUCAGUUUAUACACAUUGUCUGCUCAUUUUCACUCCUUCUAAUUGGGCGCCACGUAAGCGAAACGUGGCACAUUCUUAGGUCCCCAACAAGCAGCAAACAAAAGCAGCAAAAGGAAGACACCGUUGUUGUAGCUUCAAUCGCUCCACUUGAAUUACCGUUGUUCAAUUCUCAGAGGCAUAUUAUCAAACACCUUAUAUGCACCGGACAUCGCUUUAUAUGAACACUCAAAUUGUCUUCUUCAUUUCGUCGUUGUAUCCCAUCAGCAGCCGAUGAGGAGUAUCAUUUCAUGCCUCAAACGACGGCGUCUUCCACUGCUGUCCCCAUCUCUGCGCUUUGGCUGCUCAGUUGAGACUGCUUUGUACAAAUACUCAUCCAGUAGUUUUCCUGAGGUUAUUCUAGCUGGAAAGCAUGACAAUUUUGCGGGAUCAUGUUUAUCAACACCAAAAUACUUUUCUACCAGUUUUUCCAGUGUGCAUGGAGAAAGGCCAACUGCUGAGUAUGCAAGGUUGAGGAAAGAAUCACUAGAAAGCGAAUUUGGUCAUGCACUUACUUAUAAGUCGAAAAGCAUCUCAUCACUAUAUCGUUUCGGCCCAUUCUUGGCUUUGUACAGAGCAUCCGUCAUUUCGUUCUAUGUGUUGAAGCUAACCAUUUGGCGCUUAUUUGUCCAUGACAUAAGAAGACGUGCUGUUAAGUUCCGUGAAAGUCUUAUCCGUUUGGGCCCUUUCUACAUAAAGCUGGGACAAGCUUUAAGCACAAGGCCAGACAUAUUACCAAAAGUGUAUUGUCAAGAACUCGCAAAGUUACAGGAUCAAAUCCCCACAUUUCCAACUCAUGUUGCAAGAAAAUCUAUUGAGUCCCAGUUGGGUGUUCGCGUUUCACAAGUAUUUGCUGACAUUAGCAAGGAGCCAAUUGCUGCGGCAUCACUCGGGCAAGUAUAUAAAGCUCAUUUGCAUUCGGGAGAGCUAGUCGCUGUUAAGGUCCAGAGGCCUCAUAUGUCACUUUUACUGACACUUGACGCUAUGUUAUUUCACAUGAUUGGUGGCCAACUAAAAAGAUUCGCAAAAGCUCGUAAGGAUCUGUUAGUAGCUGUCAAUGAGAUGGUGAGACACAUGUUUGAAGAAAUUGACUACAUCCUGGAAGCACAAAAUGCUGAAAGAUUCGCAUCUCUUUAUGCAUGCACUAAUAAAGAGAAAACUGUCCCAGGGAGUGCAGCAACUGAUAAUGUUGGGUGUCAGAAAACUGUUGGUAUCAAGGUCCCUAAAAUAUAUUGGAAUUUUACCCGUAAGGAGGUGCUUACGAUGGAAUGGAUAGAUGGGAUUAAGCUGACAAAUGAAAGUCGUCUGAGGAAGGCAAAUCUAAAUAGGAGGAGACUUAUUGACCAGGGGUUAUACUGCUCAUUGCAGCAGUUGCUGGAGGUGGGGUUUUUCCAUGCUGACCCUCAUCCUGGGAACCUAGUUGCUACUGAGGAUGGAUCUCUUGCCUAUUUUGACUUUGGCAUGAUGGGAAACAUUCCACGUCACUAUCGUGUUGGACUUAUUAAAAUGCUUGUUCACUUCGUUAAUCGGGACUCUCUGGGUUUAGCAAAUGACUUUCUUUCACUGGGAUUUCUACCUGAUGGAGUAGACAUUCAAUCUGUUUCAGAAGCUUUGCGAGCGUCUUUUGGUGAUGGAACCAGACAAUCCCAAGAUUUCCAGGGCAUAAUGAAUCAAUUGUAUGAUGUGAUGUACGAGUUCAACUUUUCUCUUCCUCCUGACUAUGCUUUGGUGAUACGAGCGCUUGGAUCUCUUGAAGGAACAGCAAAAGCAUUGGAUCCAGAUUUCAAAGUUGUUGAAAGUGCAUAUCCUUUUGUUAUCGGAAGGCUCUUGGUAGAUCCAACUCCUGAUAUGAGGAGAAUACUGAGAGAGCUUCUGAUCCGCAAUGAUGGUUCUAUAAGGUGGAGUCGGCUAGAGAGACUGAUUGCAGCAAUAUCUCAGCAGGCUUCUGAAACAGAAGGAGAAAAUCAGGAGAGUUAUUCGGAUCCAUUGGGAUCUUUUGAUAUACGGGCCGUAGUCUCUGCUACGGAAGAUCUUUUCCAAUUUAUUUUGUCAGACAAGGGUUCAAGAGUCCGUGUAUUCCUUAUCAGGGACAUAGUUAACGCAGCUGAUGUUUUCUAUCAAGAUGAAGUUCUAGAUAAUCUUCUUGAUGAGAAGCUUCGAGCGAGACGUUUAUUUGGAUAUGAGGACCGUGGUAUUCUAGAUAGGGUGGUGAGUGGGUUUCGUUCUCUAGGACGUGCAAUGAAAUUGGCUCCGGAUUUGUGGUCAGCAAUGGUGAUUCGCAUGGUGGUGAAACCAGAGUUCCAGAAAUUUGCUUGUGACAUAAAUUCAGCAUUGAUCAGUCACUUCAAGUAUCAGCUGCCAGUCGGCUUUUGGAUGGGUGUUUCUAGGCUACUGCAUAGAGUAUUUGAUAAAGACGGAGGUGAAGUGUUGUGAUGUAGCAAGGUUGGUGCUCUUGUUUUUAUAUCCGUGGUCAUGCCCUUGUCAUUAUUUUCUUCCCAGCAGAUGCAUGGAAUAAGAGUGUUAGGGAAUGAAAUCAAUGUCAAGAUUAUAGAGAAAUUUGCAUAUAUUAUGCCUCAGAAGUGGGUUCAAGCACUCUGCUUGUAGGUUAGUUUUUGGAUCUUAUAAAGUAACUGCCUUCAUUUUUGGAUGGUGGGACAGAAAGUUGAGCGUCCCAUUAUACAAAUGCCAAUUUGUUUUACGGACGUUAACAGGAUCAAGAGGGGAAAUUACAGUAUACACUCCAAAAUGAGAGAACAGUCUUCCAACGUGCCAUUGCCAUUCUACAACGGUUAAUUCCAUUUUACUAAUGUUAAUAGUAUCAGGACGAUUCGACAUGGUAUAGUUCCGUUAAGGUAUCCAUGAGAUGCCACAACUUCCGCAGUGUUUCCACACUUUGGAGUUGGUUAUAGCCUGCAUGAUAAGCUCACUUUGGAGUUGGUUAUAGCCUACAUGAUAAGCUCAGGAAUAAGUCUCAACAUUUUCGUCCGUCUUGUUUGUAUGAAGUGUUUAUUGACAAACAUUAUUAAAAUGAGGAAGAAGUUGGAGCAUAAUACAGUCUACAUAUAUUUCAACAUCCGAUUUCUUGCC